UGUGAGUGCUUGUAAGACAAUGUUGAUUAGUUACCUCGUCCUGUUGCUGGCGUCCAUGGGAGCCUCGAAGCACCAGGGCUGGCUGGACCGCAUGGUGGCGUACCAUAAGAAGAACUUCCUGCAGGAGUUUGCUAAACUACCACCGCUCACUGUGACGGUCGAGAAGGCUCCAGCUGGGUUCGUGGACUCCCCAAAAUGGGACAAGGAAUCCGUGAUGCGACUCGUCAUGUUGGUGGAGGUAUUGGAUGCGCGACAAGCAAAGCAAGCUAUCCGCCGCGCGCUGUCUCCCUCCCGUCGCCGGUAUGACCUCCCCCCUGGGAAGAAUAGCUUCCAACUCUUCCCCAGCUGGGGUAAGGAUCACCCGAACGUCUUCGAUUACGACGAUAUGGUCCAAUACGACGAUAAAAUAACCAACGCGCCCCAAGACGAAGUGGUGACGGAUGACACCGUCGUCUACAUCUCCAACCCGGUCGAGGCCCGACUGCCAUCUUCGAGGGUCACUGUCAAGCUGUUAAGGGAGAUAAUGGAGACGCGCGCUAUCGGUCUGCGAGAGAUGCCGUCCACAACCCGGUCUACAUACUCCUGGACAGCAAGGUCGCAGAACCCCGACGAGGCAGGAAAGUCCACGGCGCCAGGAGGUGCAGACACCACCGCUGCUGGCGAACCCACGGUGGGCUAA